AUGCAUACGAUUAAUAUACGCUGUAACUGGGAUAAUUUGGAAGAGAUUCGAAGAGAUCUAUGUCACGCAAUUCAACGUUGUGAUGAUUUCAUGCUUUGGAAGAAUGUCACGUUUGGUAUAGCACGUUAUAAAAAUGAUCUUCACUUUUCCAUAAAAGCCACAAUAAAUGAAAAAUUAAAGUCUGAAUUGGAAGAUAAUAAACAACAAUAUUUGAUAGCAGUACCAGAAAAAGAGCAGCAAAUACAAUCGACACAAAAAUCAAGCUCAAGUGAAAAAUCGGAACAACUUUCAGCGUCUAAACUGAAUAAUGAUGAAAAAAUAUCAGUAGAUUCAAUAAAAACAAAAUUAGAGAAGGCUGAAGAACAACCUAUGUCAAAAAUGGCAUUAUGUCAAGAUACCAAGCAAGAAUCUCCGAAACAAGUUGAAGAAGCUCUACAAGUAGUUUCAACACCAGAAGAUACAUAUUCUGAGGAAAUAAAAAAAAAGCAUUCAGAAACUGAUAGCACUCAGCCAAGUGAUGGUAAACAAGGUUUAGAAAGUAUCUCACCAAAAAAUUUACACGAAAUCAGCGAAUCUGACUCAUUAAGUCAAGAAUCUGGAAAAGAAUCCUCUACAGACUCAAAGAAAACUUCAGGACUAGACAAUUUACCCACCAACGAAUUGAAACAAACAUCGAAUACAUCCAAAUAUGAUCGGCAAACUCUCAUGUGUGACGUUGGUAUCCAGACUGAUUUUGAUGAUGAAUCUCGGUUUGAUGAACUUAGCGAAUUUGGUAUUGUACUAUUCGCACCUUCUUCGCAAGUCAAGAAUGAAACGCGAUGGGCACGAUGCAUUCAAGUCGGUAAAGGUGAUAUUCAGAUGCAAAAGUGA